GACCUCUUGGCGAUGGAAGAGAUAAAUAAUAUCUUUUGCUUUUCCUUCAUUGGCUACUUGUUCUUCCAAUGAAUCAUUUCUUAUCAAAUAAAAUAAAAUAUAAUAAAAUAAGGAAAAGAUAACAGUUUCAAUACAACAUAGGCCUCUAUUUUAAGCUUAACCCCUUCUCUAGCCUCAAAAUCCCACUUUCAAGAUCCAAUCCCCCUCUCUCUCCUCCAUUCUCCAAUGACCCAAUUCACAACCACUACCACCACAACUUCUAACUGCGGAUCAUCAGCAAACAAACGCCUAAGGUUGAUUGACAACCAAGAGCAAGAGCAAGAGCAAGAGCAAGAACAAGCUUUGUUACCAGGACUUCCAGAUCACAUAGCCCAAGUCUGCCUCUCUCUCGUCCACCCAUCAAUUCUCUACUCAGUCUGCCGUUCAUGGAGGCACCUCAUUUAUUCCCCUUCUUUUCCUCCUUUCCUCUCUCUCUACACUGUCUUCUUGUCUACGUCACAAACUAGUACCGAUCAAACCCACCUCUCAAAUACAAUUGAAUUAUUUUCAUUCGAUCCAAUUUCAUCGAAAUGGCAAACCCUUCCUCCGCCACCACAGCCUUUCCUCCCCCCUGUCCUCCGUAGACAUCCUUCCUUCUUGUCCCGCAACUUACCCAUCCAGUCUCUUUCUGUUUCUGGGAACCUACUCCUCCUUGCUGCCACCACCGACCAAUUUCUCCCAGCACUCCCUCGCCCUCUCCUUUUCAAUCCACUUUCUCAAAAAUGGGACUUGGGUCCUCAACUCACCACUCCGCGACGCUGGUGCGCUGCUGGGGCAACCAGCACCGGCGUUGUGUAUGUAGCCAGUGGGAUUGGGUCACAUUACAACACCGACGUUGCUCGGUCUGUUGAGAAGUGGGACUUACGACGAACCAAUAUUCAUGAUCACAAUCAUGACCGCAGAAGAAGAGACCAAGGGAGAAUUAGAAGCAGUACAUGUAUGGAAUUGGGGUGGAAGUGGGAGAAGUUGGGUGGUCUGAGAGAUGGAAAAUUAAGUAGAGAUGCGAUUGAUGCGGUUGGGUGGAGAGGGAAGCUAUGUAUGGUGAAUGUCAAAGGAUAUGGGGCCAAAGAAGGGGCUGUUUAUGAUGUUGAGAAUGAUGGUUGGGAGGAGAUGCAAAUCCUAUGUAACCCAGGAAUGGUUUCCGGGUGGAGAGGUCCGACUGCUGCCAUGGAUGAGGAAACACUGUACGUGGUGGAUGAGUCUAAGGGUGUGUUGAGCAAGUAUGAUCCUCAUAAUGACCGAUGGGAUCAGAUUUUGGAGGACCAGAGCCUCAGAGGUGCCGACCAGAUCGCCGCCGCUGCUGGCAGAGUGUGUGUUGUUUGUGGUGGUGGAAUUGUAGUGGUCGAUGUCGUGUCGUCACCACCUAGAUUGUGGGAGCUGGAUCCACCCACUGGGUUUCAACCAGUCGCGGUUCAUAUCAUGCCCAGGAUGAGCCUGCCGAACCAGAUUUCAAACAAAACCUACUAGCGUUCAACACUUUCUUUAGUUGUUCUUUUAUUUUAUUUUUUUAAUUUUUAUUUUUUUCAUUUCUAUAGUAUAUUUUAUUUUUAAUUUGUAGGGAUUUACGGGUUUACUUCACUUGUACAUGUGAAUAGUUUUCUUCCAACCCAUUGUGAAGGAGUUUUUACAUCGACAAUUUGUUAUUGAUUACUUGUUAGCCAAACCAAAAUAUAUUUAAUUUGAACGUCUUUUUUUUCUGUCUA